CGGCAGACCCAAAGCUUCCUCUAGUGUUCAUAACAAUCUCGUCAAUUAUCCUCGAGUCGUAUCUCACAACCGCUGUUAUGGCUCCAGGGCUUGUUGAAAUCCAGCACCUGUCUUCCGAGACCGGUCGGGUGAACAAGAACAUCUUUCCGGACGGCUACAAGACGUCUGGCCAACAUGAGCCCGUCUACUCUGCUAUCCAACCCUACGACAAGUUCCCCAAAAACAUCACCGGACCUACGGCAUGGCAGCCACAUGAAUACGUCAACAACCCGGAGAAGUGGACGCAUGCUUUUACAGAAUAUGAGGUCACCGAGAUUGAAGCGGCGGCGGAUGCCUUUACCAAGUCUGGGCUGCCUCUGACGGCCAUCACAAAAGAUCGCUUCAAAUUACCGAAGCUGGCAGCUCUAUUGCAAGACCUCCGCAAAAAGCUCGUCGACGGCCAAGGCUUCUGGCUCUUCAAGAACCUGCCCGUCCAGCAAUGGGGCCUGCAAAAGUCGGCCACCGCAUACAUGGGUCUGGGCACGCACCUGGGCUACUUUGUGAGCCAGAACAGCCGCGGACACGUCCUGGGCCACGUCAAGGACCUCGGCGAGGACCCUACGCAGACAGACCGCGUCCGCAUUUAUCGGACCAACGCGAGGCAGUUCUUCCACACCGACUCUGGCGACAUCGUCGGGCUGCUCUGCAUGGCCAAGUCGAUGGAGGGCGGCGAGUCGGAUAUCUGCUCGCAGCAUCGCGUCUUCAACUGCCUGCAGCGAGAGCAUCCCGAAGUGGCCAGGCUGUUCUGCGAGCCUGUCUGGUAUGCGGAUCGCAAGGGCGAGAUGUCGGCAGGCCAGAAGCCUUGGAUGAAGACGGCUGUCUUCUACCUCGAGAAUGACCCCGAGGGAACGCCGAGGCUGUACGGUAAGUUUGAUCCGAACAACGUGACGUCUCUCUGGCGGUUCAACACGGGCCCCGACGCGCAGCUCCCGCCUCUCUCCGAAGCACAGCUGCACGCCAUGAAGGUCCUCGAGGAGACGUGCAAGCGAGAAGCGUUGCACAUGAUCCUGGACCCCGGAGACAUUCAGUUUGUCAGCAACCAGCAUGUCUUCCACGCCCGCACAGCGUACAGGGAUUAUGCGCCGGGCAGCAAAGACGAAAAGGGGGAACUGAGACCGCAGAGGCAUUUGAUGAGGCUUUGGCUGUCGGUGCCCAUGGACGAAGGAGGCUGGAAGUUGCCGUUUCCAGAUAUGCUGGAGAAGAAGCGCGGUGGUAUCCAGGUCGAUGACACGCCGCCGAAAUGCCCGCUUGAUGCCGAGUGAUGAUCUAUUGUAACUCUAUCACUCUUCUCAGCUCCGAUUCGGAUGUAAACUGUGUUGGUAUUUGAGACUAGCUUUUCUACUGUUCCUCCAGUUAGUUGUCAGACACGAUCUAGUAUAACUACCUUUUUAAGCCGUUUCCAUGUCAUAUUGGGUGUCGGCAUUUGUCCUUCCUAGAACUAGC